GUAAACGCCGGCACAAAAGGGUGUGUGAUGUUUUUUCUGAUGGACAGUAAUAAUAAUUUGAUAACAUCCUUCUCCAUCAGUCGUACAAAACAUCAACAACAGUAACUAGCAACAGCACAAACUAAAUCUAACCGUGAUCGCGGGUUUUCGCGCAUACACUUGCGCGUCUACCGUGCGCGUCAUACCUCGUAAUUAAAUUCGCUCGUUUCCUAAAUAAAUAAAUAAUUAAAUAAAUAAAUAUAAAUUCAAAAAUUAACUUAUGACCAUAAAAAAAGUGCUCAGUUAAUAAUAAAUUAAUAACCCGCCAUAACCAAUAAAUAAUAAAAUAAAUAUCCGGCGCAUUAUUUAAAAAAAACAAGUAAAUGGUGAAUGGCGAUUUGUGGUGAUAAAAAAUCAUAAGGGUGAGGGUAAAAAAGGAUUUAAAAAUAUAAUGGAGUUAAGUGAAGUAGUGAAAUAAAAAAAUAUAAUAAAAGGUGGCAGUAAAAAGGUAAAGGAAGCUCGAGGAGGUAAAAAAAAAGAGUUAAGAGUACACAGUACAGAGUCGAGGUAAAGAGGAGGUGGGUAGUGAAGGUAAAAGGAGAGGAGGGAAAAGACGAAGACGACGUGCGAGGGCGCGCAGGAGUUUUAGUAUCCCCUGGACAUUCCUGUCUGUUGGCAUUGGAAAUUUAAAAUAAAAUUAAAUUAAUCUGAAUCAAUUAUAGUUUUUAAAAAUAAAAUCACCCGGUACUGUGUCAUUAUUUAGAAAUUAAUUAAUUAAUUAAUUAAUUAUUUGAAUUUUCGGUAACUAGUAUCCGGUAACUGCGAAUGAUAACUGGUAUUUUAUGUCUGGUAUGUACCCUCUUUAUUUUUUUAAUACCAAAGGAAUACCAAGUAGUCGUUUUGCUCAUUAACUUUCAGUCGUGUUCACUGAACGAUAAAAUUGUGCAUACGCAAUAAUAAGUACGCCGGUAUCAAAUGUUAAGUUGUAAAGAAAAAUUUUCUAUGAUAUGAGUGAUGAUUUAAAAAUUUAAAUAUAAAUAAAUAGUUUAUUUAUUAACAAAGACGGAGUUUUGUUUUAAAUGUCAGAUUAAAAGCGCGGGAAAAUUUAAACAUUUGUGUGUAAUUAAUAAUAUCGGUCAAUUGUCAUAAAUUAUUUUGAUGAGUUUGAGUUUGAGUUUAAAUCAGUGAUUAAAUGUGUUGUGUUUUUUUUUUUUAAAUAAUGCGGUGUAAUAAUUUCGAUAAUAAUAAAAAUUGAUUAAAUUAAAUGACAGGAGUGAUAAAUAUAUAAUUGAGUAAUAAAAUAAUAUAAAUAUUACGUGGGGAUCGAUGUGCUGUGCAAAACAUGGCUGAGGAGCUGCUGGUCACGCUUAGCAGAAGCGACACCGCGGGAUUUGGAUUUUCGCUUCUUGGUACUGCCGGUCUGCCUCAUGUUAUUUAUGAUAUUGUUGAAAAUUCACCAGCAGCUGAUUGUGGAAAGGUCGAGGCAGGAGAUGUCAUUCUCAGGGUAAACGAUGUUGAUGUUAACCGAUUCAGUACCAAAGAAGUGCUCAAAUGUCUUCGACUCUCCUCCGAUCCCGUUACCCUGAAACUUCGAAGGGAUCCGGCAAUAAAAGCGCACGUGAAGCGACUGCUGUCACCGGGACAGGGAAUUUGCGAGGCCGAGCUGUCAACAAACAGUUGCCCGUCCCGAGUUGUGGGUGUCGAUAAAAAUUCCCAUAAUAACACAACGACAAAUUCAUUAGCUACCAAGACAUUGGGCAACUGUGAGGAUAAAAAUAAUAUUAAAUCAGUAAAUUGUAUAUUUGAUAAUAAUUCAUCAGAUAAUUCAUUACCAUCAGUUGAAAGUGUUAAUCAGUAUGCUAAAAGAAGUAAUGGAUCGUACAGUGACGCCUCGGGCUCAUCAGAGUUUGAGGCACUUCUUCCAUCAGCCGACAGCUUCAAAGAGGAGGAACGAGCCCAGUGGGAGCCUUUGUCUGGUGAAAAAUUUACUAAACAAAAAAAUACACCAAGGUUCGAAGCCUACAUGAUGACAGGCGAUUUGAUGUUAAAUUUAUCACGCACACAACAGAGCUCAGGACUACUGCCAAAGUAUCAGAAAAAAGUUGAUUCACUGAGGUACAACAAUCACUACAUCCAUCGGCAUCAUCACCACAAUCAUCAUCACAACAAUCAUCAUCACCAUCACCAUCACAACUCCGUACCAACGAGUCCCAACGAGAUGAUGGGCCACAACCGUAACUACAACAAGAACAACACAACAUCCAAUGCCGUCAGUGGAGGCGGUGGUGGUGGUGGUGGCGGCGGCAUCAACAGCGGCGGUUCUAAUUCUGCAAACACAUCCCCAGUUGGUUUAAUAAAGCGCGACGUAGCUGGUACACAUCACCAGCACUCGCACUGCAUGCAAGACUCAAAGUCAGCGAUAUCAAGUUUCGGUUACUCCAGCGGAUUCGUCAGAACGUCGCGUUCCGAGGAUCACUUACAGUUUCAAAAGGACCCGUCGAUGAGCGCAGUUGAUAUCGAUAUCGACGACGACGUAACGUCUAGUUUAAAUACUUUGUUAGACACAAGACCAGACAGUGGUCAAGGUGUAUCGAGUGAACGAAUAGUGUGGACUUACAAUGCACCAGUAAGUUCACCCUCGGCAUCUGAGCGGACCUCGUGCUGUCAAAAUGGCAGCAGUUCUCAGUCAUCGUCGUCAUCAACAGGAAGUAAUUCAUCGUCAACAGAAGAUACAAGUCCCCAACGUUCUUUAUCACCUGCAUCACCAACAUCAGUAUCAUCAUCUGUCAUGUCUUCUAAUUCUGGAUCACGCAGGUUUCCAUUACCCGGUAGUAAUUCUUGUACGAAUACCGUAAAUCCAAAUUGUAUUGGCGGCUCUAGUAAUAAUGCCGGUACAUUAACACCGGGAACACAACAGCACUUGAUAAAUAGUUUGCCAAUGAUGAUGAUGACUGAUUCAAAUAAUGUCAAUAAUUGUUCAAACAUUGCCGGCAGCGGCAGUGGAGGUGCUGGUGCUGGUGGUGGUGGAAGUAGUGGUGGUGGGGGUGGAUAUCAUCCGACAAAUGGUGAUCUAAGUCAAUCGGAAGCUAUCAGUAAUAUGUCAAGUCCAGAUUACAAUGAUGAAGAGACAAUGGAUAUACUCAGUGCACGUGAUAUUAUGAUGGUUAGUGAUCCAAGUGAUAGUGAUUCAACAAUUCUUGCUAGUGAACCGCCACAGAGGCGAAUUAAAACUGGUUAUAAUCAAGACACGAGUGAUCAUCGUAUUGUUAUACAAGUUAAAGGUCCUGAUAAGGAUAAUUCUAAUAAUAGAAAUAGUAAUAAUAAUAAUACAGCCGGAAGUCCGAGGCAAAAUCGACGAAGAAGCUCAGGUGGUAACGACCAACGGCCGCUUUCCAGCGUGAGUUCAACCAACGCUGAAUUCUGUGGUUACCAGGAAUUAAAAGACAAUGACGACGACAGAGAAGCUGUCAAUUAUUUGUACGAGGAACAAAAACAAAGUGGACAAUCGCCACCGCAGUCAGCGGAUGAAGAAAGUGAUAUUGAGAGCCUCCAUAGCUUUCAUUACAGCCCUAAGGCUGUUGAUUUACCCUCGGCUGUUAGACUUGCCAAGAGACUGUAUUCGCUUGAUGGGUUCAAGAAGUCUGAUGUUUCAAGGCAUCUUAGCAAAAACAACGACUUUUCUCGAGCUGUUGCCGAAGAAUAUUUGAGGUACUUUAAUUUUGAAGGAGACACGCUGGACGUGGCGCUAAGAAAGUUUCUCGCUCAAUUCUCGUUAACGGGUGAGACUCAGGAGAGAGAACGAGUACUUGUACAUUUUUCAAAGAGAUAUAUUGACUGUAAUCCUGGCUCUUUUAAUUCCCAAGAUGCUGUUCAUACUUUAACAUGUGCGAUAAUGCUGCUCAAUACAGAUUUACAUGGUCAAAAUAUGGGUAGAAAAAUGUCGUGUUCACAAUUUAUAGAGAAUCUCUCCGAGCUAAAUGACGGCGAUAACUUUCCCCGAGAGGUGCUUAAACAACUUUACACAGCGAUUAAAUCUUAUCCACUUGAAUGGGCUCUGGAUGACGAUGGUGAUGAAUUAGCAUCCCAAGUAAUCCAAUCAGGUGACGGACCUGCUACAUCAGCUUCUGGUAAUCCAUUCCUUGAUGUGCCAAACGUUUCUGGUGCAACGGAAUUCAAAAAAGGAUACGUUAUGCGCAAAUGCUGUUACGAUGCUAAUGGAAAAAAAACUCCAUUUGGUAAACGAGGAUGGAAAAUGUAUUACUGUACCUUACGAGAACUCGUACUUUAUUUACACAAAGACGAGCACGGUUUCCGUAACGACAGCUUGCAUAACGCAGUACGAAUUCAUCAUGCACUUGCAACUAAAGCCUCGGAUUAUACGAAGAAGCAACAUGUUUUCAGGCUCCAGACUGCCGACCAGGCGGAAUAUCUCUUCCAAACUAGCGAUUCAAAGGAGCUUCAAUCGUGGAUAGACACAAUAAAUUUUGUGUGCGCGAGUUUUUCAUGUCAACCUCUUGCCGGAGCGGUAGGUUCUCAACGAAAGUUUCAGCGGCCUUUGCUUCCCUGCAGUCACACCAAAUUGACGCCUCGAGAACAAUUAAGGGACCAUGAAGAAAGAGUUAGUAGACUAGAAGCAGAGCUAGAGGAACAUCGGCGACAUCCUCCUGAACGGGGAGCUAAAGCUCUUACUGUACAAAAUUAUAAAGAAAAAGACGCUUAUCUUCAUUAUGAGUUAAAAAGAUACAAAACAUAUUCGUAUUUAUUACGAUCGCGACUGGCGUUCACAGAAGUGGAGCCUUCAUUAGUAGAAAGCAGCAUCGGUGAAGUCGACGAAGGUGUAGGUGGUGCAUUACUGAACCCAGAACUCGGUGUGGUACCACCACCUGUUCCAGAUCGUCCACCAACAAAUAGGUAUAGUUACAGAGCCGCCAUUUACAAUCGUAAUCUGCUGAAUGGUCAGGACUACGGCGGUGAUAUCGGUUGACGAGUCAUGGGUGUCUUUUCAGCCUGUGUAAUGUAACAAUAAUUACCAGCAAAACCAAAAAAUAAUUCAAUAUUUACUUAAAUAUUUAUCAGCAUUUAUUUUGAAUUUAAAGUACCGCACAAAUUUUAAAACGUUAAAUAAUUUAAUUAUUUAUCGAAGUAAUUAAAUAAUUACACACGCUGAAAAGAUAUGGUGUUGGUUCUUUGUUAUGUUUAACUCAUAAAUUAACUCAAAAAAAAUACUCAGUAGAAAAGCAAAAACUGUCAUCACUAAAAAUUGUUAGAAAAAAAAAACUUUUACUAAAACUAAAGCUAAAGCUGUUUUUCGAUAAAAUUUUAACGAAAGUGUUUAAAUGUUUAAGAUUUAAAUUUAAAUUAAAUUAACAAUUGAUAAGUUAAUUGUUAUUUGUAUUUAAUAACGUUUUGUAAAUUAAUAGUGUGUUACUACAAGCUAUUGAUUUAUUGUUU